AUGAGUGAAAAAGAAGAAAAAUAGCUGUCAGAUUUAAUAAUGUAAACUUUAGAAGCAAGCGGCUCAUUAGCAGCAGUAAAAGCUAUGAUAAGAUAGUAAGUUUUUAAUGUAGUUAACAAUGAACCACCUUCAUCAUAAAUUAAUAUAAAUGAUAAAGAUAAAAAGCAGACAAAAUAUUAACCAUCAUAAUAAAAUUUAAAGUAGAAAGAAUCUGCUCUUCAUAUGAGUAAUAAAACUCUUUAAAGUGCUUUAAAAAAUGAGGAGGAAAAAUUAACUUUAGUGCUAGUAAAGGAACUAUUAAAGUAUUAUUAGAUGGAUUAUACUUUGAAUAUAUUUAGCAGUGAAGCAAAUUUAUAAGAAGAUCCAGAUAGAAGUAGUUUAGCUUAAUAAACAAAAACAAACUAAUCUGAAAAAAAGCCUAUCUUAGUUUAAAUAGUACAAAAUUGUCUAAGUGGGAAAAAUGUAAAUACAAGCUCUUAUAAAAAUGAAAGUAGCACCUCUGCAGCUGCACCUAAAGAGGCUUAAAAAACUCAGUUAAAGUAAAAAGAAGAACCAAUUAAAUAAAACAAAGAAAUUAAUUAAAAGAAAGAAGCAAUUACAAAUAAAUAUUCAGUUACUAAAUAUGAUAAUAUUAAAAAUAUAAGUAACAAAUACGAUAAAAAUAAUGAGAUUGAAGAAUCUAUGGGUGGUUUUGAAGAUAUAUCUGAAGAAGAAGACUAUAGUAAACCUCCAUCAAAACCAAAAUAGGUCUAAGGAAAAAGCUCUGCCUAGAAUAAUGAGAGGAAAAAUCCAAUGUUUAGUAGUAUGGAAGAUACGUAUGGUGCUUCGAUGAGUUAUGGACAUGAUUAGUCUGUUGACUCUAUGAAACUUGAAGAAGAAUAUGAUUACAACGAAAAUAUAGCUUGA